CAUCAGAGGCUAACAAUGCACCGUCCAGGUGGUCCUCGGAACAGGCGAAGGAAACGGCCUACAAACCUACGCAGCUUACCCUCCGGAAGAACGGCCGCGUCCCGGGCGUGGGGCGGCGCUGGCGGGCAGCGCUGGCGGGCAACGCUGAGUCACCGUGAGGCUGCGCCGCCGCGCCCCGCCCUCCGCGCCCUCAGUGCCCCUUCCGCGCCUUCCACGUGCAUGGCGCUGCCGUGGCGGGCGCUGGGCGUGGGCGCGAGCGCGGGGCGAGCGGUGCGCGCCUCCCCCGGCCUCCCGCUGCGUGCGCGCGCGCCCGCCGGCGCUCAGUGCGCCCUCUCCCGCGCCAUGGCGUCCAGGCGGCUGCAACAGCGCCCGGUGCCCGGCGCCGCGGCCUCCUUCGACUACCUGGUGAUCGGGGGCGGCUCGGGCGGGCUGGCCAGCGCCCGCCGGGCGGCCGAGCUGGGCGCCAGGGCCGCCGUGGUGGAGAGCCACAAGCUGGGCGGCACUUGCGUGAAUGUUGGAUGUGUACCCAAAAAGGUAAUGUGGAACACGGCUGUCCACUCUGAGUUCAUGCACGAUCAUGUUGAUUAUGGCUUUCAAAGUUGUGAGAGUAAAUUCAAUUGGCGUGUGAUAAAGGAGAAACGGGACGCCUAUGUGAGCCGCCUGAACACCAUCUAUCAGAACAACCUCACCAAGUCCAAUAUAGAAAUCAUCCAUGGCUACGCAUCAUUCACCAGUGACCCCCAGCCCACGGUAGAGGUCAAUGGGGAAAAGUACACUGCUCCUCACAUCCUGAUCGCCACCGGUGGCGUGCCCUCGCUCCCUCCUGAGAGCCAGAUCCCUGGUGCAAGCCUAGGCAUAACCAGCGAUGGGUUUUUUCAGCUGGAAGAAUUGCCAAGGCGCAGUGUCAUCGUGGGCGCUGGUUACAUCGCUGUGGAGAUAGCCGGGAUCCUCUCCGCCCUGGGCUCUAAGACAGCACUCAUGAUACGGCAUGAUAAAGUACUUAGAAACUUUGAUUCCCUGAUCAGUUCCAAUUGCACCGAAGAGCUGGAGAACGCCGGGGUGGAGGUCCUGAAGUAUUCACAGGUCAAGGAAGUAAACAAAACCUCUACGGGCUUGGAACUCAGCGUGGUUACGGCAGUUCCUGGUAGGAAACCCACGUUGACCUCAAUUUCAGAUGUUGACUGCCUGCUCUGGGCCAUUGGGCGGGACCCCAAUUCCAAGGGCCUGAAUUUAGACAAGCUGGGAAUUCAAACUGAUGAGAAAGGCCACAUCAUAGUAGACGAAUUCCAGAACACCAGUGUCAAAGGCAUCUACGCAGUUGGCGAUGUGUGUGGGAAAGCGCUUCUGACUCCAGUUGCAAUAGCUGCUGGCCGAAAACUUGCCCAUAGACUUUUCGAAUGCAAAGAAGAUUCCAAGUUGGACUAUGACAACAUCCCCACUGUGGUCUUCAGUCACCCUCCUAUUGGGACAGUGGGGCUCACGGAAGAUGAGGCCAUUCAUAAAUAUGGAAAAGACAACGUGAAGAUCUAUUCAACCGCCUUCACCCCAAUGUACCAUGCAGUGACCACAAGGAAAACAAAAUGUGUGAUGAAAAUGAUUUGUGCCAACAAGGAGGAAAAGGUGGUUGGGAUCCACAUGCAGGGCAUUGGCUGUGAUGAGAUGCUGCAGGGUUUUGCCGUUGCGGUGAAAAUGGGAGCAACAAAGGCCGACUUCGAUAACACCGUCGCCAUUCACCCUACCUCGUCAGAAGAACUGGUCACGCUCCGCUGAGGACCCAGGGACGGCUCCGCAGCUGGGUUCGGACCAGGACACCUUCUGAGACAACCAGAGACCAUUGUGUUUACUUCCUGUUCUCAUUUUAUGUAUUUCCCAAUUUUAAUCAGGUUCUUCCGACAGUGGAAAUAUUUGGUAAAGAAUAGAAUUUAUUUAUGUAAUCAGAAAUGUGUUGUUUUAAUCCAGGAUUGAUUUUCAGUUUAUCAGGAUGAUUACUGUUUUAAAGUUUCUUUUAUUAACAGCUCUCUACCAGUUGAUUUUUUUGCUGUUUUAGUGUCAUCCGAAAUAUAAAACUAUGUGAAGUACAAUUAAGUUCAUGUACCAGAAUGAAUAUAGCUUGCAAGUUUCUAUAGAGCAAGACUGGGACCUCUCUCUGUAUCUAAAUCACCCAAGUGGAAGAAUCUUUAUGUUUUGAAGCCAAUACCAUGCUCUGUGUAUUGCAAAGCUGCUUCAAGGAUGUGACCUUACUCUGAUCUCCUAUUUUAUUAUUUUUGUUUGUUUUAAAUGAGUAAAAAUGGGUUUGUGUUCUUUUCUUGAGAUGAAGCGUAUAUAACCUCUGGAAAGAUUGAGGAGGCUGGUUAAAUACCUGAGAGACAAUCUAGGAAUAGUUAAUGCUUUCAGAAGAAGGUGGAUUCGAAUCCUUCGCAAGUUCCUUCCUCUUGUUCACAGUUCAGUCAAUGACGUCAAUAUUUAUAUGUAUUCUUGUUGUUUUGUUUUGUUCUGACAUAUGUUCCAAAUAUAUGCGAAUCAUAACCUUUUCUUAUAAAAUUUGUUACAAAUUUAA